AUGUAUAAAUUUACAAACCAUAUUUCUAAUGCAAAACUAAUUUUGGUCAGAAGACACUUAGACGGGUCAAAUGCAGCUCUUGUGUUACUGCACAGACCACAGCGAGUGUAUUCUACAAAGCAAAAAAUACAAUGUGAAGCAGAUGCCGGACCACCAAAAUCAAACAGACUAUUUUGGGGACUUGUGGGGGCAACUGUAUUUACUGGAGCUGCUGUAGUUUAUGCUACGAGUAGUCCAGAUGCACGCAAUUGGCUAGAGACAAACGCCCCUUGGGCUAAUGAUUUCGUGGCGUUAGUGAACCAGGAGAAUACUACAUACUACAAAGCAGCUGCCAACCAGUUCAAUAAAGGCACCAUUUGGCUCAGCCAGUUCUUGUUUGGAAAGGAAGGUGUCACUCCACCAGAUAUUCCGCAAAGAUCUGCACAAGACAUGGAGAAAGAGUUAGCUAUUAGUUUUGGUAAAAAGGAAUAUGAAUUGCCGCCGCCUACGUUUGAGCCUUUGUACAUUAAAGAGAAAGUAAUUGACCCUCCUGAAGUUGAAACUGAAGCGACACUAGUCCAUACGGAAAAAUGUGAACCAACCCCACCUCCUACCAUUAAGAUAACUAAAGACAUGGUGGAGAUAGAACACGAAAUGCACGAGAAUACGAAACUCGCCGUCGAUAACUAUAAAGCUGCGACAAAACACUGUAUUGCCUAUAACAAGUCAUUGUUUACGAUAAUAGAGUCUGAUCUAGACGAUUUGGACAAAAAGUACUUCGCAUCACUGCAAGGCGCUCUGACAGAGAGAGAAAAUACUUACAAAAAAGCCAAAGAUGCUGGGGCUAAAGCGAGGUGCGCCAUUGAGACAUUGGACCGGAUGAUAAAAGCUGGUGUACAAGCUCCCCCAGAAAGCAUAGCAGCCACUAAACGCUACCUAGUUCAAUUCCGCAAAGACCUCGAUGAGGUUGAAACCAGUUACAAAAAGGAAGUACAAAACGCCGUGCUCACCGAGAAGUACUGGAGUAAGGUUGAGGAGGCUCGUCGUACGUUUAAGGAUGAGCUAGAAGCCUUAUUCCCUGGCAUCGAUCUGUGCGCCAAGACUCUGGAACUUAAAGGCGAUACUGAUCUUCUGCUGAUGUAUACUCUUAAACGGGUACAAUAUCUGCAGAAUGAAAUAGCCAAGUUGCAGACAGUCCGAGAGCUUCAGAUAAAUAGAGCUAUUGAAUGUCACGACGAAAAAGCUAUUAUUGAAGCCAAAGUCGAAGAUAUAAUACAGAAUGAAAAGCUGGGGAAGGAAAAAGAGUAUUUGAAAAAGAGUUUAGAAGUUCAGGCCGCAGCAAAUCGACACAUCAAGGAAGAACUUAAAAAGCAAUUCCAGCUUCAACAAGAUAUAUUGCAAGACAGGCUCAAGAAAAAAGAGCAAGCGAUAAUGGGAAAUUUUAACCGUGCAGUCUCGGAGCAAGUUGAGAAGGAGCGUGUUGUAUUUAAAAAGGAGCUGGCCGCUAUGGCGGGUAAACUGCAAGCCAUCGAACAGACCUUGAAACAGCGCGCGGCGGGCGAGGCGGAGGCGCGGCGCUCGCAGUCGCUGUGGGCCGCCGCCGAGGCGCUGCUGGCCGCCACGCGCCGCCCCGGGCCCAGCGCGCGCGUCGACAACGAGCUCAAGGCGCUGCAGAAGGCGGGUAAAAACGAUAAGCUAGUAGAGACAGUGCUGAAAGGAAUCUCCAAGGAAAUUCAUGAGAAAGGCAUUGUCACUGAGAAAGCUCUCCGAGAUAGGUUUGAAACGAUGGAAAAUACUGCGAGAAAGGUAGCUUUGAUCGGUCGCGAAGGGGCAGCCCUACCUGUGUACUUCUUGUCUUGGCUCCAGUCCAAACUUUUGUUUGUAAAAAACAGUGACAUACCCCAGGACGAGCUCGACAAUCUACCUACCGACUUCUCGAAGCUGGACACGUUCGAGAUCAUCCAGAGAGCCAGGUACCACAUGGAGCACGGCAACCUGCCGGGCGCGCUGCGCUACGUGAACCUGCUGCAGGGCGCGGCGCGCGCGGCGUCGCGCGGCUGGGCCGAGGCGGCGCGCGCGCACCUGGAGCUGCGCCAGGCCGCCGAGGCCGUCAUGGCGCACGCCUCCGUCACGGGCCUGCUCUACCUGUGA